AGGCCAGCCUUCUGAAAAAAAAAAAAAACUAUAGGUAAUAUUACUAUUUUAGAUAUGGCCCUUAUAUGAGUCUUUCGGUUAGGGGUCCUCACUUCAACAGUGCGGACUUUGGAGUCCGAUCCUGAAAAAACCCUUGUAAUUAUCCCUAAGAGCCAAUGAAGUGGUGGAGCAUUAGGCACAACUAAUAGUACCACCAUACCUUCACGUAUAUUGUCAGUGACAGAUUGCCACUUGUAACGUUUUUGUAAAUUUAACAAAUAAUCCUUAGACCAGGCUCGCCAGAAAUGUUGCCAUAUUUGUUCACAACUACGCCAAAACUUAAUUAUAUCUACACAUACACAUACUUGUACAUUAAACAUUUGUUGUAACGAAAGAGAGGGCAAUUUCAAAGUUGCCAUAUUAUAAUAUUAAAUUUAGUGUUUUCAACAAUCCAUACAAAAACCAGAACCCACCAGCCUAGGUAGGUUAACAUUAUUUAAUUCGCAGAAUGUUAAAGUUUUUUUUUAGAAAUCAGCAGAAGUAAUGGAUAGAUAUGGAUUUACUGCAACAGACAUUUGGAUUAUAGAUGAGACAGGAGUAUCUACUGUGCUGAAGCCAUAUAAAAUUGUAGCUGCCAAAGAAUUGUCGGAAUAGACAUAACUUCAACGCCACGUGUUUCAGUACCGUACUGGUAAUACAAAUAAUAAUUCAACCAAAAUAAAAAAAGACGUCUACGAGUAACACAAUGACUCUAAUUGAAAAUUUUUUGGAAGAGAAAAUUAAAACAUGUGGAGAUUUGCUGUGUAAUCCUAUCUACAGCAUCAAGAAUUAUGGAAUUGCAUUGUAGAUUCCGAUGAUGUGUGGUUUUGUACUCUACUCUUGGCUGGGUUGCCAGAUAACUAUAUGCCAAUGAUUAUGGCAUUAGAAAGUUGUGGUGUGCCAAUAUCAGCAGAUUCUGUAAAGACUAAGCUUCGGAAAGAAAUAAAAAGCUUCGAGUCUACUACGUUAUAUGUAAAUAAAAAUUAUGGUAACACAGGAAGACAAAACAAUGAGAAGCCAUAUAAACCUAGUAAAGGUCCUAGAUGUUUUAAUUGCAACAGAUAUGGGCAUAUAAGUAUAUACUGCAAAUUAAAGUAAAAGGAACAAAAUACUAAUAGAGAUUCUGGAUAUGUAGCUGUGUUCUCAGCCACAACAAAAAAUAACAAUGGAUAGUAUAUCGAUUCAGGAGCGUCCAUACAUAUGACUGAGGCAUGACUAGAUUUAUAAUGAAAUACCACCUCCGAUCUCGAGCAAUAAAAUAACUAAUGUCAAAAAGCUCCUGGUUAAAAGUUGUAGCAAGUUAAAUCUACAGAUGGGCAAAGCACCGGGUUUAAACCCGGUGCUUUGGUAAAAACCCAAUAAACACCCAUAAACUCCCAUAAUCACCCAAAAAAAUAGGUUUUUACGUAUUUUUUUGAAAAUAUGUAAGUAAUACCAAUAAAUUAUUUUUAUAAAUUGUAUUGAUCAAUUCUACAAUAUUAAAUAAAACGUUAACUAAUAAUAUUUCAGGAAAUUUUAAAAAUCUAUAUAUAAUAAAAUGAAAGUAAUUAAUUUUCAGUGUUUUCAUGUUGCAGUUGAUCAACAUGUUGGCCUUUUGCUUCCCGUAGAUACUUUAAAAUUUCUUCAUAACACCUCGUUCGCACACAUGGCCGUAUAUAUUUAAAUUCUUGAGCCACUAACAGUCCGAAAUACUCAUUUCUUUUAUCCUCUUCUCCAUAAAUUAAGCAUUUAGAACAGUUUGUUUCUUCUUUCAGUAAAUUUUCUUUUACUUUAUCCUCGUUUUUUUUCUUUGUUGCGACGACGCUGGGUAAAUCAUCUGGACACUGGGUCUCACUAUCGCCAAAUAUAUUUGGAGAUCGGCUUCGGCUACGGCUUGGCAGACAUUUUUUCUUUCUACAAUUUUAAAUUAAAUUUAUUAGAAUAAAUGCUUCGAACACACGCGAUCUAAGUACCUUUUGUGUUUAUUAUACCUUACCUACCUAGGUAUAAAAAGAGUACUUACGUAGAUUUUCUUUUAUUAACUGUUUUAUACGAAGAUCUUGAUCUCUCAAAUUAGCAUCCAUUUUACUUCCAGUGAUUAUCAACUAAAUUAAUAAUCCACAAAGUAUUAAAUAACGUUUUUAUGAAAUAUUUAGCACAAAAACAAUACCCUUUAAAUAUCGAUCGUCAGUAACUGUGGCUGACUUACCUAUAUUCUAGCAAGCAGGACUGCCAGAUGUGAAGGGGAAAUCCCCAAUAAAUUGUUGCAUGUGACUGAUGAUGUGAGCAUGUUCGUUUCAUAAUAAAAAUGUUGCCAGGUAACCAAAAAGUCGUAUGUUUUUGUGCGAAUUACGAUCAUAAUCUUUACGAUCGUACAUUAAAAAAUAGACAAAUAAUAGAAUGAGUACGAUUUAAAUCGUAUAUCUGUCAACCCUGCUAGCAAGACAGCGACAAAAUCACGUUGCAUAACAAUGUAGCCCAAGCUUAUAUCUUAUGAAAUAUACGGAAGAGAUACGGACUUAGAAAAAACAGAAAUGUUGUUCUUUGUGGAAGUCAUUGAUGAAAUUCUAUGUAUUUUAGCCCGCAAACUUUCUUCAAACAAAAACAGCGCCAUCUAGUAUCGAGUUCUGUAAUUAUCUCUUUGUUUAUGGAUUUGAAGUAAGACCGCCACGCAUGCAAUACAUUAUGACUGGGGAUUCCCCUAUUCGUCGACGCUGAAUAUGAGGCGACGACAAUCACUGUCAAACGUGUUCACUAUUACUCUGACUCUGGUAACGUGACUUCCUGGUAACGUGUUAGGUAGGAAAAGCAGUAAAAAAGUGCAUAUUAAGGGAGCAGAUUUGAAAUAAUAUUUAUACUUAACAAGAAAUAAUUAAAGGUUCAAUGGGGAGACCUAAAGAUUUACGCAUAUGGGAGCACUACCGUACUUUACCAAACAAGUCUGUUUCUUGCAAGCUUUGUAAUAAGGUCUACAAAUUCAGUAAUGCUGCCAAAAUGCUUCAACAUCUUAUCACUUGUCCAAAAUCUCCAGAAACAUUAAAAGACUCUAUGAAACUUAUAAAAGAUAGCUCGUCCAAAACCAAAAUGUCUGGACUGUCAGAGAUAGAGACAAAUGAUUCUUUUAUAAGCCCCUCGUCGUCUGCUAACACUACAAUAAAUGCUGAGUUUCAAGACACCGAUGAUCAUAUAAAAACAGAAUUAGCGAGAGCUAUAUUUGUAACAGGGACGCCAUUAUCGAUGGUGCAACAUCCUUUAUGGAUACAAUUUUUCGAAAAAUUGCAACCAAAAUUUAAAAUACCUUCACGUAAAGCUUUAGCGACAAAAUACUUAGAUAAAAUAUAUAGAGAAAUGCGUUUUGAAUUAAAUGAGGAACUAAAUGCUUGUAGUUACUUACACCUUCAGUGCGAUGGCUGGUCUAAUUUAAGAAAUGAAGGAAUAAUAAACUUUCUUAUAUCAAAACCUCAACCUGCAUACGUUAAAAGUUUGAAUACAGAAAGUAAUCCUCACACUAGUGAAUACCUUAGCCAAGAAGUUGAAAAAGUAAUGAAAGUGUAUGGAGCAAAUAAGUUUCUUGUACUUAUUGGCGAUAACGCUAGAAAUAUACAAAAGGCAUUCGAAUUAACAAAACUCAAAUAUCCACAUGUUGUUCCUCUCGGUUGCUGUGCACAUAUCCUUAACUUGUUGUGCCAAGAUAUUGUAAAGAUACAAGAAGUAACUGUGUUUAUUAUGCAAGCCAUAAAUAUAAUAAAAACUGUUAAAAGGAGUCAACGAUUAAGUUCCUUGUUGAUAAAAUCAAGGCAGGGUGAAGAUUCUACACAAACACUAAAAUUGCCUUGUGCUACAAGAUGGGGAAGUCAUGUUACUUCGUUAAAAAGUUUGAAAGCAAAUAAGAUAGCUUUGCAAAUAUUAACAGUUAGAGAAGAUGUGGUAAUUUCAAGAGAUAUUAAAGAUUUAAUUCUAAGUGAUGAUUUCUGGACGAAGACAGGGGAAUGUAUAAGUAUUUUGGAACCAGUCACUGAAAGCAUAUUUUACUUAGAGAGCGACCAGAAUCGUUUGCAUCGCACAUACAUUACAUUUAGAGAUGUACAAGCUAAGAUACGUUUUGCAUUAAAUGAGAUUUCGACAUUGAGCGAAGAAAGCAAACAGCAGAUUCUAACAUCAGUAUCUUCAAGAUGCAAUAUGGCAAUGAGGCCAAUACAUUUUGCAGCAUAUAUUCUAGACCCCAGGACUCUAGGAGUCGAACUUACUCAAGAGGAAGAACUUAAGGGUAUGGAGUUUAUCUACAAUUUAAGCCAACACUUAAGUUUGUCAAAUGUAAUGGCAGAUUUGGCGUGUUAUAAAGCUAAAGAAAACUUUUGGGCCAGAGGAUUUGUAUGGAGCUCAUUAGAUAGCAUUGAGCCCCUAAUAUGGUGGAAAGGUAUUUGUGGUUCCACUGAGUUAAGCAAAGUAGCGAUUCGUAUUCUAUCAGCUCCCUGUACUUCGGCAGCCACUGAGCGUUCCUUUAGUAUCCAAGGCUACAUACAUAAUAACAAAAGAAAUCGACUUACAACUGAAAGAACUGAAAAAAUUUCAUUCAUUUGUUAUAACUGGAAUCUUAAACAUAAAGCUGAAUGCGAGGACAUUCAGUUUAAUGAAGAAAAUACCUUAGAAGCUUUCAUUGAGCAAGUAAAUGAACAUAACAGUUUAGACGAAAUAGAGCCUAUCGAACCUAUACAAUUCAUCGCUUGUAAUAACUCUGAAUCUGACAGUGAUUGACUGUAGUUUUACAUUUUACUUUCAUCUCUUUCUUAAUAAACUCAAAAUCAAAUUAAAAGUUUUUUAUUCUGUAGGCUGCAUAAUAAUAUUGUCUAUGUCCAGUAUAGUGGACGUCUUGCGGCUGAGAUGACGAUGAUGAAGUACAAAAUCAUAAACACCCAAAAAUUUGGGUGUUUAUGGGGUUUAAACCCAAUAAACCCAAAACACCCGGUUUUUACCCACCAGACUUUAAACCCACCCAGGUGGAUUGCCCAUCUCUAGUUAAAUCUAAAUAUCAUUGGAAAAGAUGGUAAUAAACGUACAAUUCAA